UACAAUAUCUUGCCCUUCUCGAGUCUCUGCACAAUUGAGAGGUUUAUUGAUCGUCAUCUCUGCGACUGGUGGACACAGUUACCGCUACACUGCCACCAUGCUUCAUUUUCGCUUUCCUUCGACCCCUUUCUCCUUAACUCCUUGCCUUUCCUCUCUCCUCCUCCUGAUCUUCCUCUUGGGGCUCGCCCAUCUCUCUCAGGCCGGUGGCGACGCCCACAGCAGCCCGGGGAACUGUUCAGGGGAGGACAGCUGCUCUGAGGGUGUCGUCCUGCCGGUAUGGAACCCCCAGAACCCCUCUGUAGGCGACAAGGUGGCACGUGCCAUCGUCUACUUUGUGGCCCUCAUCUACAUGUUCUUGGGCAUGUCCAUCAUCGCCGACCGGUUCAUGUCAUCCAUCGAGGUGAUUACAUCUCAAGAGAAGGAGAUAACGAUCAAGAAACCCAAUGGAGAGACCACCACUGCGACCGUACGCAUCUGGAACGAGACAGUCUCCAACUUGACCCUCAUGGCUUUGGGAUCGUCGGCCCCUGAGAUCCUGUUAUCCGUGAUUGAGGUCUGUGGGCACAAGUUUGAGGCUGGUCACCUGGGCCCGAGCACAAUUGUGGGUAGCGCUGCCUUCAACAUGUUCAUCAUCAUCGCCCUCUGUGUUUACGUGGUCCCAGAUGGUGAGGUACGCAAAAUCAAACACUUGAGGGUCUUCUUUGUGACGGCAGCCUGGAGCAUAUUCGCCUACAUUUGGCUCUACUUGAUCCUCUCUGUCUUUUCUCCUGGUGUAGUGGAAGUUUGGGAGGCCGUGCUUACUUUCCUCUUCUUUCCGCUCUGUGUGGUUCAGGCCUGGAUCGCUGACCGUCGUUUGCUCUUUUACAAAUACGUCCACAAGCGCUACCGUGCUGAUAAGAACCGUGGGAUCAUCAUUGAGACGGAGGGUGACGGCAUGUUCACCAAGAUGGAUAUGGAGAUGGACGGCCAAGGUUCCAAUUCCCACCACAAGGAGGCACUUGAUGGGAUGCUGGCUGGGGUGGAGGAAGGAGGUGGAGGGGAAGAAGAGGAGGCGAGGAGGGAGAUGGCUCGUACGUUGAAGGAACUCAAGCAAAGACACCCGGAGAAGGACAUGGAGCAGCUGAUUGAGAUGGCGAACUAUCAAGUGCUAGUGCAACAGCAGAAGAGUCGAGCUUUCUAUCGCAUCCAGGCUACUCGCAUGAUGAUCGGAGCGGGGAACAUCCUCAAGAAGCAUGCUGCGGACCAAGCCAGGAAGGUGGUGAGCUGCCAUGAGGCUAAUGCCCAAGAAGAAGACCCUCACACCAUCUACCUGGAGUUUGAGCCCACUCAUUAUCAAUGCUUUGAGAACUGCGGCUCUUUAAAACUCUCUGUGACCCGACAUGGUGGAGACAGCGGCUGCACUGUCAAGGUUGACUAUCGCACAGAGGAUGGCACUGCUAACGCAGGAUCAGACUAUGAAUUCGCCGAGGGCACUCUGGUCUUUAAACCGGGUGAGACGGUGAAGGAGCUGACAGUCGGUGUGAUUGACGAUGACAUAUUCGAAGAAGAUGAGCAUUUCUACGUACAUCUCAGCAACCCUCGUGUUGUCCACCGUGCCGAGGUCUCCGUCCUCGACCCUAAUGCGGUGUCGCCAGGCAACAGCAUUAUAGGGUCCAGCCACGUUCCUCCCAAAGCUGCCCUAGGUAACACAUACACUGCCACGGUGACCAUUUACGAUGAUGACCACGCGGGGAUCUUCACGUUCGAGACCAAUUCCACACGAGUGAGCGAAAGUGUGGGCAUCAUGCAGGUGAAGGUCCACAGAACAUCUGGAGCAAGGGGGAAGGUGGCAGUACCGUACCACACUACGGAGGGAAAUGCCAAAGCUGGAGAAGACUAUGAAGAGGUGGCUGGCAAACUGGAGUUCCUCAAUGAUGAGACCAUGAAAAUCCUGGAGGUGAAGAUCAUUGACGAUGAGGAGUAUGAGAAGAACAAAACCUUCACCAUCCACCUGGGGGAGCCGGUGCUGCUGGAGAUCGGGCAGAAACACGGAGACUCCAAUGAUAACAAACCGGCGGUGGGGGCAGAGGAAGAGGAGGUGGCCAAGAUGGGGUGCCCAAGUCUGGGAGAGCACACCAAACAGGAAGUGGUGAUAGAGGAAUCGUACGAGUUUAAGAAUACCGUCGACAAGCUCAUAAAGAAGACUAACCUGGCGCUGGUGGUGGGCAGCAGCAGCUGGAGAGAACAGUUUGUCAGCGCUGUCACUGUCAGUGCAGGUCAUGAUGAUGCAAAUGUUUGA